AUGGAUAAGGAGGUGUCUAUAAUAAGGUUAAUAAUUGGAUGGGUGUGUUUAAUAUGGUAUCUUGUUAUAUUAAUUGUUGCAUAUAGUGGAUUUGUUGAAAUAUUGAUAAAAUUUAGAAAAAGAUCAAUAAUAAAGUCAAAACAGGUGGUUAAAGAUGAUAAUUUAGAAGGUGUUACUAUACUUCGACCAAUUAAAGGUAUUGAUCCGGAAUUAAAAUCUUGUCUUGAGUCUUCAUUUUGUCAAAAUUAUCCUAGGGACAAAAUUCAAAUUUUAUUUUGUAUAGAAGAUCCAAAUGAUUUAUCAAUACCCAUUAUAGAAUCAUUAAUUAAUAAAUAUCCAACUAUAGAUCUGAAAAUUUUAAUUGGUGGUGAACAUUAUGGACCAAAUCCAAAAGUUAAUAAUUUAUCAAAAGGUAUAUUACAAGCAAAAUAUGAUAUUUUAUGGAUUAUGGAUUCAAAUGUAUGGGCAAGUUCAAAUAUUUUAAAAAAUUCUAUUAUAACUUUGAAUGAAAAUUUAAAUAAUGGAAGAGAUUUGAGUAAUAAAAGACCUGUUAAAUUAGUUCAUCAUGUACCAUUAGCUUUAAGUAUAGAAUAUAAUGAAGAAUUACAAGAUUUAGAGAAUAAUUUGACACCUAUACAAUCAAAUGAAUCAAGAAUAAAACUUACAAAUAGAAAGAAUAGAAAUCCAUCUAAUAAACAUAAAGAAUGUGACAUUAAACAACAACCAUUCCUCAAGAAAAUUGGAUCAAAAUUAGAUGAGAUGUUUUUACAUACUUCACAUUCAAAAUUUUACGUUUCAUUAAAUAAUUUAGCUAUUGCUCCUUGUGUUAAUGGUAAAUCCAAUUUAUAUAGAAAAUCAGAAUUAGAUAAAUCCGUUAAAGAAAUACCUACAAAUUCAAAAAGUGAGUUUUUCACAGAUUUAAAAGUUAAAAAUGAUGCAAAAUAUUAUUCAAAUUUAGGUGUUGGUAAUUCAAUGAAAUUUUUUUCAAGAUAUAUUGGUGAAGAUAAUAUGAUAGGUAUAGCAUUAUGGGAAAAUUGUAAUGGAAGAACUGGAUUAACUGGAGAUUGUGUAAUACAACCAUUAAGUGGAUUAGAUAAUAAUACAUUGAAAGAUUAUAUAAAUAGAAGAGUCAGAUGGUUAAGAGUUAGAAAAUAUAUGGUUCUAUUAGCUACGUUGAUUGAACCAACUACAGAAUCCAUUAUUUGCGGACUUUAUGGUAAUAUAGGUAUUUCAAUAUUAUUUUUGCAUAAAUUAUUCACCAUCAAAUUGUUUGUUUUUCAUAUGAUUUUAUGGGUUAUAACUGACUUCAUUCAAUAUAAUGUAUUGAUCAACCAUACAAUAGAUGAAGAUAAUAUGAUUUUUCUUCCAAUAUGGCUAAAAUCAGUAAAUCAAGUAAAUUCAGGUACCAGACUUUUAAGAUGGUUAAUAAUUUGGAUUAUAAGAGAGAUUUUAGCACUACCAAUUUGGUUAAUUGCAAUGUUUGGACAUAAAAUAGAUUGGAGAGGUACCCCAUUUAAAAUUAAAAAAGAUUUGACAGCUGAAGAAUUAUAA